AUGUGGCAGAAACUUAUUCUAACUGCUGGCUCGGAUUCUCAAAACGAUAUAUUCAAAAAGCAAUUGUCUCUAAUUUCUACUGAAAAAUAUUGUGAAGCAGUUGAAGUCGUGACGGAUGAAUCACCUGGGAUUCGAAUAGGUUCAGGUGGUGCGACACUCAGUAUCAUAAGAAGAAUAUUUGAUGAACAGAAAUAUAAAGAUUUGGAGGGAACCAAGAUUCUUCUUCUCCACUCGGGCGGUCUUUCUCAACGAAUGCCACAUCUUUCGGCAUAUGGAAAAGCUUUUGGGACAUUGACAAACAAUUCUACUAUUCUAGAAACCAAAUUAGAAAUCUAUAAAAACGAUCUAAUUGGGAAACUUCCUCAAACUGGUGGGAUUAUGAUAACUGCUUCCGAUGUCAUUGAAAAAAUGAGUUCUAUGAAAUCAGUGAAGUCUUCGGAAGCCGAUAUUGUUAUAUUUGGGCAUUUGUCGUCUCUUGAAGUUGGAACACAGCAUGGAGUGUUUGUGAUGGAUGAAAAAUCAGGACAGUUGAAAUGUGUUUUACAAAAAGCAUCUGAAGAAGAAAUGAAAAUCGAAGGUGCAAUAAGAGAAGAUGGGAUGGUAGUGACGGAUAGCUGCUACUUCAUGUCCUGGAAGUUUUGUAAGAGGCUCCUGAAGAAUCCUCUUUUCAAAACACCGAUAACUGAAGAACUCUGCUGUUAUGGUGAUUUCAUGAGACCCAUGGGCUAUGCACCAAAGUUAGACUAUCUUCAGAACUCGUCACCAAAGCUAAAAUUGUAUAGAAAAGCUCUAACAGAGGUGUUCAUAGAUCCAAACGUCGAAGUGAGUCAAUUAUAA